AUGAGGAAUCGCUCGUUUCUAGGGUCUUCAAACCGGCAUAAAUUUGUGCUGGUGGCCGCGAUCUUGACUCUAUUCAUUCUUUUCAAGUCUCUACCCUCGCCAAUCAGGCUAGACCCCCGCAUCGAUAAGUCAUACGGGCAAGACCGACCACGAUAUCUUCACCAGUCUCCCUUUCGUGAAAACCCAGACUAUGGAUAUGAGGUCAAGCUCUCCAAUGCGCUACGCGCGAUCGAAAUAGAAAGGGGAAUGCGCCACGAUGAGAAUGCGGCAGACACAUUGUGGCAGAUUAUGCUACCAGGCACCAUCACCCAGCGAAGCGACGAUUCAGUUCAAUUCGAGGAGAAGAAUUCGGACUGGAAAUACAAACUCGUACAAGCCGAAUGGGCCGACAAGUUCAUUUUCGAAACUCUCAAAUCCAUCCCAGAAAUCGGCCGGCUCUACAAAUCAUACCCUCACUCCGUCCACCGCGGUGAUCUCCUCCGCUACUUAAUCCUAUGGUACUACGGCGGGUACUAUGCCGACCUUGACGUAUACCCUGCACGAAGCAUCAAAUCCUGUCCCUCACUGCGCGAGUCAAUCUUCAAAGACAGCAGAAUCAAUGCAAACAUCACGCUAGUUGUCGGAAUUGAGAUUGACGAGCCUUUCGCUUCGCCACAAAAGAUGCGCGACUGGCACUGGGCCCGACGCUACGGCUUCAUCCAGUAUACAAUGUAUGCACCACGACGGUUCAGUCCCCUGCUGAGGGAGAUCAUCGUCCGGGUACUGUCCCACACGAAGCAACGUCUCGACAAGAGUCAUUUCUGGAAUGAGGGAUACAACGAAAUGGAUACGCUGGAGAUCACCGGCCCGGGCGUGUUUACAGAUGCCAUUCUCGAUGUGCUGUCGGAUACAUUGCCGCCUACACACCGGUUAAUUCAGCAGUCUGUGGAUGCAGACGCUGGGUUCUCGUCCUCGGCUUCGUCUGUACAGCGUGUGACGUGGGCGCCUUUCCACGGGAUUCAAGAACCACUCUGUGUCGAAGGUCCUGAGGCCAGGUCUGGCAAGCAGCUGGGAGGACUAUGUGUCCUGCCUGUCAACGCUUGGGGCAAUGGCCAGCGGCAUUCUGGAGCGGAAAACUUCCAUAGCCAGCACGCUUGUAUUAACCAUCGGUUUGGGGGAACCUGGAAGCCUUGGAAACAGAGCUGGCAGAAGUACCUCUUUGGCUGA